AUCGAGGAGCUUAAGAAGAACAUGCGGAUGGAAAACGAACAGCAGCGUGUGUCUUUUGAAACAGGUAUUAUGCAGUUAAAAAAGGAUAAUCAAGCUCACUGCGAAGAAUUGAAGCGUAAAAUUGAAGAAGCUGAGAAAAACGCUGAACAAACGGCACGAGAAAAAGCUGCUUUGGUUGCCACCUUGACUAAGGAUCAAGAUGAAAAGACUGCUGGCCUUCUCAAAGAGAUUAAUAGUUUGAACGCUGCACUAGAAAUGAAAUCUUUGGAGAAUAAAGCGUUGCGGCACGAGAAUGCAAAACUGCAACUACGUGUCGACGAAAUUCCGCCAAAAGAUAUUGAAAUUAGCAAGCUUAAACAUCGCGUUGGAGAGCUUAAACAAGUGGUUGAACAAAAGAAAAAUAACGAAAGGCAGCUUGUCGCUAUGUACAGGGAAUUAGAGCGCUUGGCUCGAUCUCGAAAAGAAUUAUCUGAGUCAGCAUUAAUGGAGAACGAUAUGCUACGGUUCAAAAUUGAGGAAAUGGAGACGUCAGGGAUUGAAGAUGAACGUUUGAAGCCUGAACUGCCGAGGUAUAAAAGAUCAAGAAUUGGGUUAACUUUCAUUUGAAA